AUGAAGAGGAGAUCGGAGAUCACUGCUUGCGACUCUGCACAGAUCGGCGGCGGCGAUGGUUCUCCGUACCUAAUUGACAGUGGUGGUUGCAGAGGAGAUCGAGCGUCCGCAAUAGCAAACUCUCUCACACAGCAAAAAUCGGUCGAAGCAACUAGAAAAAAUUCUCCGAGUCGACUCACCCACCGAAUUCAGUCUGUGUCUAUUAGGGUUAGGGUUUCACUACUAUUUGAUCUUAAAAAACAGGUGGAGUUGUAUUCGGUUUUAAUGGUGCAUUUAAUGAAAGACGGAAACCCGGAUUCGCAGAGCGAUAAGAUGCCGAUGGUGAAGAUGGAAAUGGAGGAUCCUUUGGAAGAAGAGCAUGGACCAUUCUCCAAGCGUCACAAACAGAGUCUGGGGAUUGGAGGUUUUCUGGAGUCAGUUUUGCAAUAUAACCCACUUGAUGAGCCCAGUCCAUUGGGUUUGCAACUGAGAAAAAGCCCAUCACUUUUAGAGUUGAUUCAAGCAAAGCUUUCUCAAGCUAGAGCUUCGAAAGUUGGAAGUCAUGGUAAAAAGGAACAGAGAGGUGGUGCUUCUGGUACUACUGAUAAGCUGAAGGCAUCCAACUUUCCGGCCUCGGUUCUUAGAAUUGGGACCUGGGAGUACAAAUCGAAAUAUGAAGGGGACUUGGUGGCAAAAUGUUACUUUGCGAAGCAUAAGCUGGUGUGGGAAGUUCUUGAUGGGGGACUGAAGAAUAAGAUUGAAAUUCAAUGGUCUGAUAUAAUGGCUCUCAAGGCAAAUUACCCUGAUGAUGGUCCUGGGUUUAUAGAUGUUGUGUUGGCCAGGCAACCUCUUUUCUUCAGAGAGACUAAUCCACAACCUAGAAAGCACACCCUUUGGCAGGCAACGACAGAUUUUACUGGUGGACAGGCUAGCAUAAAUAGGCGACAUUAUCUGGAGUGCCCACAAGGCUUGCUUGGAAAGCAUUUCGAAAAACUUAUUCAAUGCGAUCCCCGUCUCAACUUUCUGAGUCAGCAAGGAGAGAUAACAUUGAAUUCUCCAUAUUUUGAAACCAGAGUCUCUGUGUUUGAUGAUCCAAGUGAAAACAACAGUGGGUUUGAUAUGAAUAGCGGGGAGAGUUCUUCCUUUUCAAACUUACGGGACCCAGCUUCGCCAUCUGGAGCUCAAUCAUCUUCUUCAAAAUAUGAACAUGAUGCUUUUGGUAGACAUUCAGAAUCUUACCCUCGCGAAACACCAUCACCAAGCUCGGCUAGGGAAAUGUCGACCAUUGAAGAUAUUAAAAUUGGCGGGAUGGAGCAACUAAAGGUUCUCAGCAACUGGGAUCGGAUCAGGGCACCAGGGCUCCACUCCUCUAUGUCAAUGAGUGAUUUGGUGAGCUAUCUUGAGCAUCGGAUAUCCGAGCAGAAAACCUCUAACUAUCAAACUCUCUCGAGCGAGGAAUGGCAAAGCCUCAAAGUUCUGGACGAUAUCAAGCAAUUCUUGUUCAGUGACAGCGACAUCCAACACAUGCCUGACACAGAUGAGAAGUCUCUCGUGUCAAGGGUCAAUUCUCUUUGCUGCCUUCUUCAGAAAGAUACUACAGCAGGUCCAAACUCGCAAAUUAAAAGCGGAAACUGUCCUGACGUAUCUUUGCCAGAAAAGAGAACAGAUGACAAGUUUGGUUCAUCAACUACUGAAAAUGAACCUAUUCCCAUGGAUGAGUCCAAUGAUACCUCUGGUUACAAGCAGCCGGCAUCAAUGACUAGGGAGGACUCAGUUGGAGAACUGCUGCUUAAUCUCCCUAGGAUAGCAUCUUUGCCUCAGUUCUUGUUCAACAUUCCAGAAGAUACUAAGAACCAAGCUAGCUCUCGCAGUUUCAUCCACUCGUCGCGACAAUCAAUGGGAUUUGGCAAUCCAUCAGCCUUGAGUUCUCCACUAGAAAGACAUGGCGAUCUUCCAGUCACCAGUAGGCCAAGUGUAGCUUCUGUUACUAGUAAAAUAACUUGUGGUGCUACUACUUCUGGAGCUGACCCUAUGUCGUUUCAAUAUACGUCUCUGCCUUAUACCCAUUCUUCUCUAGAUGACAUUCAAGGAACUUGUCUGUCUUACCCACAUGACCGCAGUAGUGGCAAUACUGAAAAAAUUAUGAUGGAUUGUUUUGUUAACCCCAAUGGCUUAUCAAAUCACCAGUAUAAUCCAGAUUUGAUCAAUGUUAGAAGCAAUGUCUCUAAUCUCCAACAGUUGAUUGAUGGUAAUAAUAUGAACACCACAAAUUGUUACAUGAAUGGAGGUGUUUUUUCCACAGACUAUCAGCACCCGGAGGUUAGAAUGAAAUUCAUGCCAGCGAGAGCCACAGAUCAUCCAAUGACCACACAGGUAGGAGAACCCAAAGCUAGUGGCCUUAGUAGGUCACAGAUAAGUGGAACCUUUUCCAAUUUAGGAGCUAGCGAAUCUAUUUCGCAGCAUGAUGAGAACUUUGUUCAGUUCGGUUCUCCAAGAAAAAUUGAUGGAAGUUUUCUGACGCUUGGAACUGGAGCUAAUCCAGAAACCAGAUUCCGCAGAAAAUUUAGUACACGGGAGAUUGCCAAUAAAUUGGACGAAGUUGAUUUUUCCAAUUACAACUGUCAUGCUAGACAAACUACAAGAAACCCUCUGAUUCGUACAGAAUAUGCUGGUAGAACGACUAGCUUCCAAAAUAGUGCCGGGGGAUUGUCAGGUUCAUCAUGCAAUUUGAGUGGCCAGAUCUUCACUUGUAAUGAUGUUGGCAUCGAUAGAGGGCACUACACCUGGCCAAAGUCACUCCCACUUCACACUUUUCUGUCUGUACAAGCUGAUAAAGAUCCUAAUCAUUCUGUAAACAGCGCUAGAGAUUCAGAUUUUCAAGUUGAUAUGGCUCCAUCCUUGAUGCCUUCUGGCAGCACCUUCAUUUCCCAUCCUGAAUGUACUAGGCGGUCUGCAAUGGUGUCAGAAUCAGCUGUGCCUACCUUGUUUCCGAAUCAAUUGACACCACACCAGCAACAGAAUAGCUAUAUGGAAAGUUCCACGAGAGUCUCAUCAGAAUCUUUCAUGAAUUUCCAUCGUCUCCGUAAUCAAGGAAGCUCCAUCAGGCAUGCUAAAUUAGGAAACUUGGUGCCACUUUCAGAAGGUCACGUUCUUGACAAUGGUCCUUUUCCCACAAGGGCUCAACCAGUUGGAAAUCUGAUUGCACUUUCAUCAGGAAGGGUGACAGGAGUUGUCAAUCCCUCUCCAAUUAGUGUUCAACCAAUUGGUCAACUACCUUCUCGUCUUAACGUUUGUUCUGUCCAAUCCCGUGGGUAUGGUAUGAUUCCUGACAGAAGUGGGUUCCAACUUUCAGGAAGUAGCACUUUCCAAUCUGCUGCAGGGGGUCCAUUCCCUAAGAGGCUAGGCGUUCUACCCAAUGAUUUGGCUGCUGCUCGAGCUGCUGAAGGUGACCUGAAUCAGAUUCAAAAUUGUCAACUGCUUCAUUAUCCUCAAAUGCCUGUUGGACAUCCAAUUGCCAUGGUCCCUCCUCAAGGCCCUUUCCCUGAUCAUGUUAAUCCGCGUGGACUCUCAGUAACUGCAGGACAAUCUCAUUUGCCAACUCAGUUGUCUAAGGAAUUUCUUAAGUCUGAUUAUGCUGAAGGUCCUGUUAUUCCAGUUGCAAAAGUAGAUUUCCAGAGUCAGGCUUCUAAUGUUCUUCGUCGGCCAUCUCUUAAAAGAAGAGCAACUGAAAAUUCUCCAGCUGCUCCAUUAGUUCAACGCAGGAAGAUAGUUCCUCAACCUGUUAAACAUCAUUCUGGAUCUUACCAACAGAAGUAUAUUCCACCACCUGUUCCUGCUGCUCCUCUUCAUAUAAAAUGGCAAGGUUUGGAGGAACCUUCUAAGCCAACAGGACAAAAUUGCCUCUUAUGCAAGAGGGAUCUCUCAUUCACACCAGAAGGUCCAAUACAUCAGCCUGCUGUCUCACCGGCCGUUGCUGUUCUUCCCUGCGGACAUGCAUUUCACGACCACUGUUUACAAAAAAUUACGCCUCAAGACCAAUCAAAAAGUCCUCCUUGCAUUCCUUGUGCCAUUGGUGAAACUUGA